CUCAGAAACUGUAAUCUGUCAGAAUAUGUGGAAUUCUCCUUAUUUCCGAAUUAACCCAUAAACCGCUCGGUGUUCGGGAAUAUGCAAGUUCUCAGUCUACAUAACCUCCGGCAGCGGAAUAGCCCAGUGAUCUCUCCAUAAACACCUGAAGCCAAGCAGGAUAGGACUAAAUGUCUAAUUCAGGUGGGUGCUUUUUCCUCCUGAGAAUACCCGCUGAAGAGAUUUAGCACCGGAGACGGAAACGUUGGAUGUCCAGAACAGAUCCCUUACCGGUUGCCGGUGGCAGAGACACAGAUUUCACCAUGGAGUUGGAAAAGGAUGUCCAACCGUUACCACCACGUUACAGAUUCCGGGAUUUACUGAUGGGGGAAUGGCAGCAGGAGGACAGGGUUCAAGUGGAAUUUUAUGUGAAUGAAAAUUCAUUCAAGGAACGGCUGAAAUUGUUUUUUAUAAAGAAUCAAAGAUCAAGUUUAAGGGUCAGACUGUUUAAUUUCUCGCUGAAGUUGCUGAGUUGUCUUCUGUACAUUGUAAGGGUCCUCCUAGAUGACCCAGCAGAGAGCAGGGGGGGAUGUUGGGAAUGUUCCAAACAGAAUUAUUCUGCACAACACAAAUUUGACUGGACUCCAAUCAUCUGGGUGAACAGGCCGCUACCAUUGUGGGGACUCCAGGUUCUCGUGGCUUUAAUUAGUUUUCUGGAGACAAUGCUGCUCACUUAUCUGGGAUACAAGGGAAAUAUUUGGGAGCAGCUUCUCAGGAUCCAGUUCAUUCUGGAAAUGCUGAACACUCUGCCAUUUUUCAUCACUGUUUUCUGGCCGCCCUUAAGGAAUGUUUUUAUUCCCGUCUUCCUCAACUGCUGGUUGGCUAAACAUGCGCUGGAGAACAUGAUCAACGAUUUGCAUCGAGCCAUCCAGAGGACCCACUCCGCUAUGUUUAACCAAGUCUUCAUACUGAUUUGCACCCUCAUCUGCCUCAUGUUCACCUGUAUUUGUGGGAUUCAGCACCUGGAGAGAGCCGGAAACAAUCUCACCCUCUUCGACUCGCUCUACUUCUGCAUUGUCACAUUCUCCACCGUUGGCUUUGGGGACGUUACUCCGAAGAUCUGGCCAUCUCAGCUCCUGGUGGUCAUCAUGAUCUGCGUAGCCCUGAUUGUACUGCCCAUCCAGUUUGAGCAGCUGGCCUUCCUAUGGAUGGAGAGACAGAAGUCUGGAGGGAAUUACAGCCGUUAUCGCGCCCAGACGGAGAAACAUGUGGUCCUUUGCGUCAGUUCUUUAAAGAUUGACUUGCUCAUGGAUUUCCUGAAUGAAUUCUAUGCUCAUCCCAGGCUACAGGAUCAUUAUGUGGUUCUUCUCUGCCCUACCGAGAUGGACCUGCCUGUGAGGAGGGUCCUACAAAUUCCUCUGUGGUCCCAGCGUGUUAUCUACCUACAGGGCUCAGCACUGAAAGACCAGGACCUAAUGAGAGCCAAAAUUGAUGAUGCGGAGGCAUGUUUUAUUCUCAGCAAUCGCUUUGAAACGGACAGAAUCGCAGCUGAUCAUCAGACAAUCUUACGUGCUUGGGCAGUGAAAGAUUUUGCACCCAACUGCCCGUUGUAUGUUCAGAUAUUGAAACCAGAAAAUAAGUUUCAUAUUAAAUUUGCAGAUCACGUGGUUUGUGAAGAGGAAUUUAAGUAUGCCAUGUUGGCUCUGAACUGUGUUUGCCCGGCUACCUCAACUCUCAUCACUCUGCUUAUACACACCUCCAGAGGACAGACGGCGCCCGUGGACCCCUUUCGGCAGCGUGCAAGCCCCUGGCAGGCUCUAUCCAGAGACAGCUCCAGCUCUCCCGACCAGUGGCAGAAGACCUACAGCCGAUGUUCCGCCAACGAAGUCUACCACAUUCGGCUGAGCGAGAGCAAAUUCUUUGGGGAGUACGAGGGAAAGAGCUUCACGUACUCAUCCUUCCACGCUCACAAAAAGUACGGGGUCUGCCUGAUUGGUGUCUGCCGGGAGGAAAAAGCCAACAUCCUUUUAAAUCCAGGGCCAUGUCAUAUUAUGUCGCCGACCGACACCUGCUUCUAUAUCAACAUUUCAAAAGAAGAGAAUUCCGCCUUCAGCUUCAAGGAACAGGAACAGUUCCAGAGAUCAGGGAUCCCAAAAUCUGCUUACCAUGGGCUAACUAGGCUUCCGGUCCAUAGCAUCAUAGCCAGCAUGGGUACCGUGGCCAUGGAUCUCCAGGGGUCUAGGAGCCCAGAGAGUGUGGACAUUAACAUGUUGAGUCCACCUGCUGACCCCAACCAAAAACGGAAGCAUAGUAUCGACCCUGUGCCCGAUGUUGUGGAUGCUGGCACUGGUGCAACUUUUGACCUCAUGAGUGACCAGUCAGAGGAUGAGAUCAGCCAAUCAGAUGAAGAGUUGGACAUUUCUCAUGACUGGGUGAAAGGGUACCCCUCCAACACCCCCUACAUUGGCAGCUCUCCUACCCUAUGCCACCUUCUGAAGCAGAAGAGCCCCUACUGCUGCCUGCGUCUGGAUAAGAGCUGCCACCACUACCCAUACGAGGACGCACGGGCGUACGGAUUUCGGAAUGCCUUGGUGAUUGUAUCGGCAGAGCGUGCGGGAAAUGGGCUUUAUAACUUCAUAGUACCCCUGAGGGCGUAUUACAGGGCAAAGAAAGAGCUGAGCCCUAUUAUCCUGCUACUCGAGAACACGCCCGACACGCAGUUUUUGGAGGCUAUUUGCUGGUUCCCUCUUGUAUAUUACAUGGUUGGAUCCAUAGAUAAUCUUGACGACAUGCUGCGCUGUGGGGUGAGUUACGCGGCUCAUAUGGUCGUGGUGGGAGAAGAGAGCUCCAUGAUAGCAGAGGAAGACUAUAUGGCCGAUGCACGAACCAUUGUCAAUGUGCAGACUCUGUUUAGGCUGUUUCCAGGUCUGAACAUUAUCACUGAAUUAACACACCCUGCCAAUAUGAGGUUCAUGCAGUUCAAAGCCAAGGAUAAAUACUCUGUGGUCCUCUCUAAACUUGAGAAGAGGGAACGUGAGCGUGGUUCUAACCUGGUCUUCAUGUUCAGAUUGCCCUUUGCUGCUGGAAAAGUCUUCAGUGUUAGCAUGUUGGACACUCUACUAUACCAGUCCUUUGUUAAGGAUUACAUGAUCUCCAUCACUCGUCUACUACUGGGUCUGGAUUCAAUGCCUGGCUCUGGAUUCCUCUGUCCCCUACGGGUGACAGAGGAGGAUCUAUGGAUCCGUAGUUAUGGGAGGCUUUAUCAGAAGCUAUGCUCAACUACUGGCGACAUUCCAAUUGGCAUUUAUCGAACCGAAACACACAUGUUUCCAGCAUCUGAGUCACAGGUCUCCAUCAGUGUGGAGGAUUACGAGGACACGCGCGAGACGCGGUGGGGGGAAUCUACCCACAGCCGCCCCACACACCGUAAUUCUACGUCGAGCGACCAGUCCGAGCACCCACUUCUGCGUAGGAAAAGCAUGCAGUGGGCAAGGAGACUAAGCCGCAAGGGGGCCAGGCAACCGGGAAAGUCGACUUCCGAGAGGAUAAGCCAGCAGAGGAUGAGCCUGUACAGACGAUCAGAGCGUCAGGAACUAAAUGCCCUGGUCAAGACCAGGAUGAAGCACCUGGGUCUUUCCACCGCAGAAUACAGUAUGAGACAUUGGGGCACUAUGGACAUUAUGGAUACAGAUAAUACAUUAUCUUAUAUCCUCAUAAAUCCUCCUCCAGACACUAAGCUGGAGCUCAAUGAUGUAGUUUACCUCAUCCGUCCAGAUCCUUUAACGCUUGUCUCCAAUAACAACCGCAAACCCAGUGUCACUCGCUCGGAAGGACAGGUUCAUGACACCAAAGACAGCACCCAUCUAUGAUCCUUCAGGUUUCUGAUGGGUGACAAAGAAAGAGACUGAAGGAAAAUAAAAAAGCAAGAGGAAGACACGGUGAGGGAGCAUCGUCUCCC